AUGGCUACAGAUCCUUCAGGAAAAGCUCGGACGGUUAUGUUUAAAAAUAAGGGAAAGGACGCAGACGAAAUGCGUAGGAGGAGGACAGAAGUCACAGUUGAAUUGAGAAAGAGCAAGAAAGAUGAGCACUUGUUGAAAAGGAGAAACGUACCCACACAAGACAGCACAGACUCCGAAGAUUAUGAGAAACCAUCCACUCAGUCCCUUGAAACAAUCGUUGCUAAUGCCAGCAGCUCAGAACCAGAAGUCCAGUUAAAUGCGGUGCAGGCUGCCAGAAAAUUGUUAUCCAGUGAUCGCAACCCUCCGAUAGAUGAUCUGAUAGCAUCCGGCAUCCUCCCCAUUCUAGUCAAUUGCUUAUCCAAAGAUGACAAUCCAGCAUUGCAGUUCGAAGCAGCGUGGGCACUAACAAAUAUUGCAUCUGGAACUUCUGCCCAGACACAAGCUGUUGUGCAGGCUGGUGCUGUUCCCUACUUUUUACAGCUGCUGCGGUCACCACAUCAGAAUGUUUGUGAACAGGCAGUGUGGGCAUUGGGCAACAUUAUUGGGGAUGGGCCACAGUGCAGAAACUAUGUCAUCAACCUCGGAGCAGUACAGCACUUGCUGACCUUUAUCAACCCCAGCAUUCCCUUGCCGUUCCUGCGAAAUGUUGCUUGGGUGAUUGUCAACUUGUGCAGAAACAAAGACCCACCCCCGCCUGUGGAGACCAUUGAAGAAAUACUACCAGCUCUGUGCCAGCUCAUCCACCAUGCAGAUGUCAAUAUCCUGGUGGACACUGUGUGGGCAUUAUCCUACCUGACUGAUGGAGGCAACGAACAGAUUCAGAUGGUCAUCGACAGUGGAGUGGUCCCUUUCCUCGUCCCAUUACUAGCACAUCAGGAUGUCAAAGUACAGACAGCUGCGUUGAGAGCCGUGGGUAACAUCGUCACUGGCACAGAUGACCAGACACAAGCAGUGCUCAACUGCAAUGCCCUCUCCUAUUUCCCAGCUUUACUCACACACCCCAAGGAAAAGAUCAAUAAGGAGGCGGUGUGGUUUCUGUCCAACAUUACAGCCGGCAACCAAGCCCAGGUACAAGCUGUCAUUGAUGCUGGCCUUAUACCUCUUAUUAUUCAUCACCUUAACAGGGGAGAUUUCCAAACACAGAAAGAAGCAGCUUGGGCAAUCAGCAACCUGACCAUCAGUGGCAAGAAGGAGCAGGUGGCUUACGUUGUUGAGAUGGGAGUUCUGCCCCCGUUCUGUAAUCUUUUGUCUGUCAAGGAUGCUCAGGUGGUGAAUGUUGUCCUCGAUGGUAUUAACAACAUCCUCAAGAUGGCUGGCGAGGAUGUCGAUCAAAUUUGUCAGAUUAUUGAGGAGUGUGGUGGUCUGGACAAAAUUGAAGGGCUGCAGAAUCAUGAAAAUGAAGAAAUCUACAAACUGUCUUAUGAAAUUAUCGACACUUACUUUAAUGAUGAGGCUGAUGAGGAGUCUCUCUUGCCACAAGCUUCCCAAGAGGGUUACCAGUUUGAUCCAAAUGCCCAGAUCCCUCAGGAAGGCUUCAAGUUUUGA